UAUCAUAUGUUAAAUGAUCAUCAGAUACGUAAUGUUCAGUUUAUCAAAUGUAAACUGUGUGAUGCUGAAUUUGCCUAUGAGAAGGGUCUGAAGGUGCAUAUGUUUAAGAUUCACAACACUUUGCUGAAGGAUGAUAUGAUCAUUAAACAAUAUGAAUGUGAAAUAUGUUCUAUUGUUUAUCGUACCGAUGUUGAGUUGCAACAUCAUUUGGCCAAUGUCCAUAAGAAGCAGGGAGGUGCGGAACGUAGUGUUUCAAACGAUGGUGAUGACUAUAAUAUGGAUGAAUCGGUUGGCGGUGGUGGGGCAGAUGCUUCGGCAGCUGAUUUGUCUGGUAUAUCUACUCCCGUUAGUGUUAGCGGCGGAGGUGAGGGCAGUUCUGGCCCGCUGUAUUGGUAUCAAUGUAAAUAUUGUCCCUCCAACUUUAAUACCAACAAAAAAUUGGCCAUACACAUUAAUUCCCAUGAUGAAUUUGAUUCCAAUGAUUAUUCCUGCAAGGAUUGUGGCAAUGUGUAUAGUGGACGUAAAAGUCUUUGGGUACAUCGUUAUAAAAAACAUCCUCAAAUACCCGAACCAUCUGAAUGUGUUUUAUGUAAAAAAGUCUUCUUCGACAGUCAAAUGUUGGAUCAUCACAUACCGACAUGUAAUCGUAAACCCAUUAAUUCAGCUGCUAAUGAAGGUGGCGCUGGCGGUGCACAACAGUCUUCUGCCUCGUCGGCUAUUUAUAAACACAAAACCGGCGACGAUGAAGACGACGAUGAUGAUCAUUCACGCGAUGCUCCCGAUGCUGAUACGAUAUCCACAAAUUUACAGCAAACAGCAGCUGCUGGUGGUAGUAUGAAAAUUAAACUACCAGAGGCAAUGUUCGACACCGGUCCGGCCGAUCCCAAUCAAUUCUAUAUGGAUCGGGUUAAUGACAAUGGCGAGUACGCAUGUGAUUUGUGUUCAAAGACCUUUACACAAAUGACAGCAUUUAAAGUACAUAGGAAAUGGCAUUUCAGAGGUGAUAACAAACAGAACGAUGCCGAUCAUCUAUCAGCGAAUCAAGUCCACAACAACAACAACAGCCUGCCGCACAGCAAAUCAGCACAACAGAAUCAACAUCACCAGAAAUCGAACAACCAUCAACAUCUACUGGGAUUACAAGCGGUGGGUUUAAUGCCGCGACAUUCGAUCAAUUCUUCAACGUCGCAUGUCCUGAACCGAUCCCAGAAACGCAAACGAGAACUUAAAUGCCAAUAUUGUCCGUCCACAUUUAUUAGCAAUAACAAUUUACGUCGCCAUCUCUUCGAGUUGCACAAGAACGAAAUUGGCAAUCUACCCGAACCACCGAGAAUUGAAUGUGAUCCACCGAAUAUGUGUCGUAAGUGCAAUGUUAAAUUUGAAUCGAAAGCCGAAUGGAUUGAACAUAAAGUGGGUGAGGCCAGAGUUAUGAAACCAUUUGGACCAUUUCAAUGGGGUUGUGAUUUGUGUGGUGCCUAUGUGUCACGCAAAGAGAAACUUAUUAACCAUCUGCAUAAUCACAUGAAGGAGCAGGUGAUAGUUCCUGUCGAAUAUAAUGAAGCCGGACAACAGAAACCUCAGCCGCAACAAAACAACGAUAAUUCAGAACAACAGCAAAAUCAAUCCGCCCAUGAAGUUCACGAAUUUAAGAAGAUUAAAUUACCUGGCCUGCAGCAACAAAAGCCCAUGGUUCAAAUGGAGGAUGAUUCCCGCGACAGUGCCAACAAAGACCAAUAUGAACAUGAUGAUGAUGACGACGAAGAUGGCGAGGACAAUGAAAGAGAAGGACAUGUGUCAAGUAACAACAAUAACAAUGACAAUGUACGACAAAAUGCCCAACAACAACAAUCGUCCUAUGCUGAUGAUGAUGACGACGACGAGGAGGAGGAAGAAGAAGAAUUGGAAGAAGAAAUACUGGAGGGUGAAUUCGAUGAUUUAGCUGUGGGUGCCCAACAGACUGUGGGUGGCGAAGAAGAUGAAGAAGUAGAUGAGGGCGAUGAUGAUGACGAUGGUGAGGAUGAUGAUGACGAUGAGGAUGAGGACGACGAUGAUGAUGACGAGGAUGAUGAUGACGACGUGGAUGAUGAAGAAGUCGAUGAAGAUGAUCAUGCAGCGUUGAGGCAAAGAUCAGCACCAACAAACGUUCAACAAUCAAAAGCGCAAAUGCAACAACAGCAGCAAACACGUCGUACAAACGAUUCCGAGAUGGAUGAUGAAGAUGAUGACGACGACGACGAUGAUGACAAUGAUAGCGAUGAGUUUGACGAUGACGAUGAUGCCUCAUCAACGGAAAAUCGUAAACCCAAUAAUGUUGUUGCCAAUGCCGUUGUUAAAUCCCGUUUCUCCUGUGAUCUCUGCCAAGUGUAUUUCGAUUCUCAGCCCGAGUUGCAGAAACACGUUAAAAUGCAUUUUCUCAAUGGCCCCGGUUCCGUGACAUUGACCGGCAUUAAAACCUCCAAAUCAUCCUCAUCCUCGAACAAGAGUCGCAGCAGUAGCAGUGAUGUUUUAGCAGUCACCUCAUCAUAGAGCAUACAAGAAAUCAUCGUACAACAACAACCGUAUUUAAGAAAAUUU